AUGGAUGAUUAUUCGAGUGAACCGGACACCAGCAGCAACGAUUCAAGCGAUCAAGCAGAAACCGCCGAAGCGUCCGGCAAAUACAACAACAUCCAGGACCUCGAUCCAACCGAUUUGGAUCACGCUGAGCAAGAUGAGGAAUGUUUUGCCACCGGCGAUCCGGAGGUGCCCUUCGAAAUGUGCCGACAGUGUGGUGCUUACUGUCUCGACCCAACAGACGAAGGGCAGCGGCAAAUUCAUCACGCGCACUGCUCUUUGGAACACCAGCUUAGAAACGACCAUUUGCUUGAGCUCGAUAUUUCCCGCGACAAAACGUGCUACAUUUGUCUGGAAGUGGUGAUGAAGAAGGCGGCCCGGAAGCGACGGUUCGGCAUACUGCCGAACUGUAGCCACACCUUCUGCCUAAGCUGCAUCCGGCUGUGGCGCAAAUCCGACAAAGAUAGGGUUAGGCGCGCCUGCCCGGUGUGCCGAGUCCGGUCCAACUUUGUCUUCCCCAGCUACUUUUGGAUCGAGGACGAGGCAGCGAAGCAGCAAGUUAUCCAGGACUAUAAACACGGUUGCAGCCUGACGGAUUGCAAACACUUCGGCAAGGGUACCGGAGUUUGUCCGUUUGGUUGGAAAUGUUUCUACCGUCAUGCACUUCCGUCCGGCGAGCUGGUCGCUAAAAGCAAACCGAACCGUAAAGCCAGACGGAAGCGGGCUGCUGCUGAACCGGAAGCGUUUGCACCGGCGGGAAUGCUUUGGCAGCAGUAUGACGACGGCUUAUCGUGGGAUUAA